GCCACUCCAUUUGAUCCUUUUCGAGUUUGCAGUGGAAACGCAACACCAAACUCCUCACGCCUCAGAAAAGGCGGCGAUUCCCAAGCUCCCUCUCCUCGUUUCCUCCGCCCCUCCCAUUCUCCUCUUCUUCCUUCCCCUUUUAUACAUCUUCUCCAUUUUCCUUUCCAUUCCAUUCCAUUCCAUUCCCCUCCUCUCCUCCUCUCACUACCCUACUUCACAAUGUCCUUCUCUGCAUCUCCCAAAAUCCUCCAACCCCUUCUUCUCAACUCCCCCAGAUCUAACGAAAAACCCCUCUUCUUUGAUCCCUUUAGAUCCACCUCCAACUUUCUUGGAUCUCGAUUUCGCUUCCCAUCUAUCUCCAAAUCCACUACUCGCUGUCGAUCCUCCCCUGUCGUUGCCGUUUCCGAUGUUGUCAAGGAGAAGAAGCUCAAAUCCGGUUCCAAUCUGCUGAUUACAAAAGAAGAGGGUUUGGUAGUCUAUGAGGACAUGAUCUUAGGCAGAGUUUUUGAGGACAUGUGUGCACAGAUGUAUUACAGAGGCAAAAUGUUUGGUUUUGUUCAUCUUUACAAUGGCCAAGAAGCUGUUUCCACUGGGUUCAUUAAGCUGCUUACAAAGAGGGAUACCGUAGUAAGCACUUAUCGUGAUCAUGUUCAUGCUCUUAGCAAGGGAGUUCCAGCCCGCGAGGUCAUGAGUGAGCUCUUUGGAAAGACCACUGGGUGCUGCCGAGGCCAAGGCGGCUCAAUGCAUAUGUUCUCGAAAGAACAUAAUGUGAUCGGUGGAUUUGCCUUCAUCGGGGAAGGCAUACCAGUGGCCACUGGUGCGGCAUUUACAUCUAAAUACAAGAGAGAAGUUUUAAAAGAGGGAGAUUGUGAAGAUGUCACACUGGCGUUUUUUGGAGAUGGAACUUGCAACAAUGGUCAGUUCUUUGAGUGUUUGAACAUGGCAGCUCUGUGGAAAUUGCCAAUUGUAUUUGUUGUGGAGAAUAAUCUUUGGGCAAUCGGAAUGUCGCAUUUAAGGGCAACUUCGGAUCCUGAGAUUUGGAAGAAGGGUCCUGCAUUUGGAAUGCCUGGUGUUCAUGUUGAUGGUAUGGAUGUUUUGAAGGUGAGGGAGGUUGCAAAGGAGGCAAUUGGAAGAGCCAGGAGAGGAGAAGGACCGACUCUCGUGGAAUGUGAAACCUAUAGGUUUAGAGGACACUCACUGGCCGAUCCAGACGAACUCCGUGACCCUGCCGAGAAGGCCCGUUAUGCUGCUAGAGAUCCCAUCGCAGCGUUGAAGAAGUACUUGGUGGAGAAGAAUCUAGCGAGUGAACAGGAGCUAAAGGCGAUAGAGAAGAGGAUAGGCGAGGUGGUUGAAGAAGCAGUAGAGUUUGCUGAUGAAAGCCCCCAUCCAGCCAGAAGUCAGUUACUAGAGAAUGUGUUUGCUGAUCCGAAAGGGUUCGGAAUAGGGCCUGAUGGAAAGUACAGAUGUGAGGAUCCCAAGUUCACAGAAGGCACUGCACACGUCUGAUCUUCUCACAAACUGGGUGUGUUCUUAUUUUUAUCUUAAUUGGGUUUUGUUCACUGUUUCUGUUGGGCUAUUUCUGAUCUUCUCACAAACUGGGUGUGUUCUUAUUCAGGAAUUCCCCUCUCCUUUCUUCGGGUCGUCCUCUAGGUUUUCUAUUCCCAAUUUUGAUUUACUGUAUGCUAAAACACGUUCCUUUGCUAAUCAAACUUAUAUGUGUUAAAGGAAGGAAACCACCUUAUGUUUUAGUAUUUA